AUGUCAAAGAUUGCGAAUCUUGAUUUCAGUGCUUUGAAAAGCAAUGGUGACAACUACGUGGAAUGGGCGCUUGAUGCAAAGAUCAUGCUGCGAUCAAAAGAUCUUGGUGACACAAUCACCAAAGACAACAAUUCCAGUGACAAAGACAAGUAUAGAGCUAUCUACAUGAUACGCCACCAUCUCCAAGAGAACUUGAAAACUCAGUACAUGACCAUGGAAAAUCCAUAUGACCUUUGGAUCGCUUUACAGCGAAGAUAUGACCACCAGAAAACGGUGUUGCUUCCAAAGGCUCAAUAUGAUUGGAAACACAUAAGGUUCUUGGACUACAAAUCAGUAGACGAGUACAACUCAGUCCUGUUCAGAAUUGUGUCCUUGUUAAGGUUAUGUGGUGAAAAAGUAACCGAGGAAGAGAUGCUUAAUAAAACUCUCUCCACGUUUCCUCAAACCAACAUGCUAUUGCAACAGCAGUACAGAGAGAGGAAUUUCGCCACAUAUACUGAGUUGAUAGAAUGUCUCUUGUUGGCUGAAGCUAACAACGAACUGUUAUUGAAAAACAGUGAGAUGAGAACUCCUGGUACAGCUCCAUUACCCGACAUCUCUAAGCUGGCUAUAAAGCCAAAGAAAGAAAGUAACCUUGUCCAACACAAUGAUCAUCCCGGUCCAAACCGUGGAAGAAGUCAAGGACGAGGUCGUGGUUCUUUUAAAGCACACGGGCGAGGACGUGGUCGCGGUACCACACCCGGCUUUAGCCGUGGUCGUGGCUGA